AUGGCAUUGAUCGACAGCGACGACACGGCGGCGGUUCUGGCCGAGCUGCGCCGCAGGAAGGACGAGGACGACGCUGACCAUUUCCACGAGUACGAGCUCGACGCCGGGGGGCAACUGAAACGGCUCUUCUGGGCCGACGCCGACGCGUGCCUCAGCAUGGCGUUGAUUGACAUCCACGACGUCGUCGUCGUCGACACCACGUUCCGCACGAACAAGUACAGCGUGCCAUUCGUCCCCUUCGUCGGCCUCAACCACCACCGCCGCCCCGUGGUCCUCGGCUGCGGCGUCGUCACGGACCAGUCCCCCGACUCCUUCGCCUGGCUAAUGCGCGCCUUCAUGCGCUCCACCGGCCAGGAAAGUCCCAAGUCCGUGAUCACCGACGGCAGCGACGCGGUGGUCCACGCCGUCGAGACCGUGCUCCCGCUGUCCAACCACCGGAUGUGCUCGUGGCAGGUGGAGCAGGGCAUCAGGGAGCACCUUGGAGGCUGGUCGGCGCAGGAGGGGUUCAGGUCCCUGAUGUCCGACGACGCGUGCUCGCCGGUUGAGUUCGAGCAACGGUGGCACGCCUUCCUGGCCAGUCACCGGACGGUGGCGAACCAGGAGUGGCUGUGCAGGAUGUACGUGAAGAGGGAGCUCUGGGCCGCCGCGUUCGUCCGCGACAAGUUCUUCCUCGGCAUGGCGCGCGACCAGAGGACGGAGUGCCUCGCCACGGGCCUGCACACGGGCCUCGCCGAGGGCAUGUCGCUGCUCGCCAUGCUCCGGCACGCGGACUCCUGGACCAAGCACAUGCUCGUUGACGGGUACAAGCACGACAGCCUGGCCGACAAGUCCCGGGAGAAGCUGACCACCGACCACUACUUGGAGGAGGACGCCGCGCGGUCCUUCACGCCGGCCAACUUCGCCAUCCUGCGCCCGGAGAUCGAGGCGAUGGGCGACUUCGAGAUCGUCGACACCCUGAGCAGCAGCUCGAACGGCUCCGGCGACAAGGUCUACACGGUGGGUUACCAUGGCCAGCACUUCACCGUGCUACGGUGCCACGACCGCGUCGGCGGCGAGGACGACAAUAUGCAGAAGAAGGCGAGCGUGGCCUUCAAGUGCAGCUGCCGGAAGAUGGAGCGCGAGGGCCUGCCGUGCCGGCACAUCCUCUGCGUGCUGCGGCACGAGCGGGAGCCGUCGAUACCCAAGUGCUGCAAGCUGAGACGGCUGCUGCGGCGCGGCGACAUCAGGCAUGAGAGGCUCGACGAGAUGGAGGACCUGGGGCGCCAGGUGUUCGACCUGGCGUCGCAGGACGCCCGGGAGUUUGAGGAGAUCAAGGACUUCCUGGAAGACUGGCUGCAGCAGAGACGCGCCAGGCGGUGA